AUGAUGCAAGGUUUAGUUCCAACAAUACCAUUAAUAAAAGAUGAACCAAAUAUUUAUAAAACACUGACUAACAUUGGCUGGACAAAACAUGAACAGAGUAAAUUAAAAAAGUUGAAUAUCCUGCUAAUUAUAUGGACAUUUCUUAUUAUAGCUGUUGUUGCAACUGAUCAUUCUGUACACAAUGCUCUGUACUCACUAGCACCUCUAUUCUCAGCUGAUUUUAUCCAAUCGUCAAGAGCAUACAUUUAUAAUGAUGAUUAUUACUUUGAACUGGAGUAUGAUCGAUUAGAAGGAUUGUCGCAUCAACCAGUUAUCAAAGGUGAUACAUUCUAUGCGAAUAUAUUAAAAAGUAUGGUUAGUUUAUUGAUUCCACUGAAAGAUACUGUGAUCAGUAUUGAUGCUACAGUCUGUCGACCGAAACCAAAUCCACCAAGUCGUGCGAGCAAUGCAAUAAUUAUAUUCUUAUUGUUUCUAACAUAUUUAAGUGCUUUCUGUCAGGUGUAUGUCAUGCGACUACGUCAUGUAAUCAUGAUAUGGUAUUAUCCAGAGAUAUCAGAUCUACGCGCUUCAUGGUUACGCGCUCAUAUUAAAAAUAAUCGUGAAGCAUUUCAUGGUUUAAAACACAUAUCAAGAGUGCCUAUUGGUAGACCAAGUCGACGAUUGUUUACAAUAUCCUUAGUUGGAGAAUUUAUGAUGAAUCAUCCGAAACUGAAGCAGCUAUUACGAGUAUUUGGUAUUAAACGUGUCACAUGCUCAUAUUGUGGUGCUGAAGGCAAUCCAUCAGAUGAAAAGAAGUUCAAGGAGAACUUUUAUCAGUGUCCUGAAUGUAGUGCAUAUUUCUGUCGUUCUUGUCAGCUGGAUCUAGAGCAUAUCUGUUCAGUAUGUCGUACACCGUUGUUUGCAAGAGAUGCACAAAUCGAUUUUGAAGAGUAUUCAACUGAUGAAGAGUACAUAGCUAUGCAUUCAAUGUAUCUUCGACGAGCUGAACAAAAUCUAGGUCAACUUGCUAGUGGAUCAAUUGUAAUAAAUCCUCUAGGCUCUAGAUACUGA